AUGUAUAUGCAUAUAAACGUGCACAGAUAGCUCACAAAUGUGUGAUGAGAGCACUGUGCCUUCCCGUGCACUGGCAGUGCCCACAUAGCACAAUGUGUGUGAGAUUGGUGCAUGCAUUACCUGCCUGCACAGACAGAAAAGCAGCUAUAGGAUACACCUAUAUAGUGUAUAGUAUAUAGUUAUAGGAUACACCUAUAGGUGUAACAGGCAGCACACAGACCCUCUGGCAGCCCCAACCGAUGCUGCGUCCAUAUAGAAUCACAGAAUGCCUUGGGUUGGAAGGGACCUUUAAGAUCACCGAGAUCCAUCCCUAUUUUAACUGUUUCCACGGCACUCUAAGCGCUGUUUCCAUAAGGAAAGAAGCGGGUCGGGGCCGGGGGCUGCCCGCACCCCCGCAGUGCCGUCCUUGCUCACAGCUCCGCACCCGCUCACUUCCACCCUGCGGCCGCAGAGAGAAGUCGGGCGCUCCGCUUUGCAGCCUCUUUGACACCCGAGCAUCGCCUUUUCUAUUCUUUUAAAGGCUUUUUUAUUUUUUUUUUAUCCCUUUCCCUCAUCUAUUUACCAUUUACCAGCUCAUCCAUAUGGAAGACGUGGCUUACACUUCCUGGAGAACUGUACUUUUAGGACUAAUUGAUUCUGCCGGCCGCACUUUCUCCUCCAGCCCCCAUCCCCGUUCUCUCCGUUCCCCUCAAUCCGAAGCGGGGACCUCCGAGAUGAACCUCAACUUCACCUCUCCGGUUCACCCUGUCCCCGCUCCCCGACCCACCUCCUUCUUCAUCGAGGACAUCCUGCUGCACAAGCCCAAGCCCCUGCGGGAGAUGCCCCCCGAGCACUUCGCCGGCUCCUUGGCCUCCCGUGUCCCUCUCUUGGACUAUGGGUACCCCCUGAUGCCCGCCCCGACGCUGCUGGCUCCACACCCGCACCCGGCCCUGCACAAACCGGAGCACCACCAUCACCACCCCUAUUUCCUCACCACCUCGGGAGUGCCGGUACCGGCGCUGUUCCCGCAUCACGCUCACGCCGAGCUGCCCGGGAAGCAUUGCCGCCGCCGCAAAGCCCGCACCGUCUUCUCCGACUCUCAGCUCUCCGGUUUGGAGAAGCGUUUCGAGAUCCAGCGUUAUCUCUCUACGCCAGAGCGGGUUGAGUUGGCCACGGCGCUCAGCCUCUCCGAGACGCAGGUGAAAACCUGGUUUCAGAACCGGCGGAUGAAGCACAAAAAACAGCUGAGGAAAAGCCAGGACGAUCCUAAACACGAGGAGAACCGCGAGCAAAGCUCCCCCGAGCCUGAGCUCCCCGAGCCGGCCUCAACCGAGCCCCGAAAAGGCCCCCCCGGCCCCUUCCUGCUGCAGGACCCCGAGGACGAGGUGGACAUCCUGGAGGAGGGGGAUAUCCUGGCCGCCCCACAUCGCCUUUAGGAGCCCUGCCCCAGCCCCGUGUGCUGCCGGGGUGCCGAGGUUUGGGGUCGGUACGGAGGGGAAUAAAACCUCCAGGAUCUUAUCGCCCCUUUGGCUUCAUCCCGGCGUCACCCCAAGCCUGAACUUUGCUUGGAAAUCCAGCGGGGGAAGAGCCAAAAAAUAAAAGCGAACCAACCGACGAGCAGUUUGCUGUAAGUUCCCCCCUUUCCCUUUGAAACAUCGGACUUUUCUCCGUUCCCCAAAGUCCCCUCGGUUUUAAAUAAAGGUGUUCCGUGGC